AUGAAUGGAGCUGCUUUUGGAGGAAAUAGGCUUAUGCGAUCAAAUACUGCAGAAAGUGCAGGAAUUGCAUGCGUAUUAAAGAAUAUAGAAGGGAUAGUCAGUCUGUGUGAUAUUGUUAAGACAUCUUACGGUGUGAAUGGAAUGUACAAGUUAGUUGUUAAUUCACAGAAGAGACUAAUAAUAAGUAGAUCUGUGGCUACAAUUCUAUCUGGGUGCGACGUAGAACACCCUGCCCUAAGGAUGAUUGUAGAGCCAGUUGCGCAUCUGGCACAAAUGGGAGACUGCACUGGUUUCUUAAUGUGUAUUCUUGGGGAAAUAUUAAGAAAGUGCGCAUUAUUCAUAGAGAAGGGAAUUCUUCCAACAGAACUUGCAAGUGCCCUAAGGGAAAGUGGUGACUCAAUGAGUGAAAUUAUCAAGAAAAUAUCAGUUGAAGAGAAAUUUAGUCUAGACUCUGCAGAAAUCAUCAGAAAAAUAUCUAGUGGGAUAGUGAAGAACAAGAAGAUAGCAGAACUACUAGGGGAAUCUAUCUCAGAGAUCUCAAAGAAUGGGUCAUUCCCUAUUGAUAGUAUCCGGGUCACAAAGAUCAACGUAGGAGCACUUGAAGACUCAGAGAGGUUUAAAGGACUUCUAUUGGAAAGUUCACCUGUUGGGCUAGUUACAACAGGAGAGAACCUUAAGACUGCAAUAUACACGUGUCCCCUGGCAAUCAGCAACAUGGAAACAAAAGGAACAGUCCUUCUAAAGAAUGCACAAGACCUUCUGACGUACGCACAGGAUGAUGAGAAGACAACAAAGGAAUUCGUUGAUAAAUUAGUCGCAAAUGGAGUAGGACUGCUUGUGUGCAGUGGAUCAGUUGAUGCGCUUAUGCUGGACUACUUGAAUGAGAAGAAAGUAGCCCUCCUGAAGGUGCACAGUAAAUUUGACUUGCGCAGACUGUGCAUGCUCUUUGGAGGAAGGAUGGCAAAUAUUCUGAGGCCCAUGGAGGAGCAGUACCUUGGUCUCUGCACCUCACUAGGUACCCAGACACUCGGUGAGAAGAAAUAUACUAAGGUAGAAGGAAAAGGACAAAUUGUAACACUUAUGCUAAGAGGAACCCUUCCUGCACACUUGGAAGAGAGUGAGAAGUUAGUCACAAAGGCAGUAUAUGCCCUGCAGGUGUGCGCAAAUGAGUCUAUGCGCACAGGAUCACUCCGUCUCUUACGGGGAGCAGGUGAGUGCGAGAGAGAAAUUGCAGCUGCCCUCCAGGAAGAAGCAGAGAAGUACACGGACGUAAGACAAAUUGCAGCAAAAAUAUUCGCAGAGGCAAUUGAGGCAGUAGGCCGUAAGAGUACCUCCAUGGAAGACGCACCACAAGAUGUCUUUGAUGUGGCUGCCAUAAAGGAAAGAGCCAUAGAAUACGCAGCUGUCCUGUCUUCUGAUAUUCUGAGUGUCUCCCAGAUGUUUAUUACAAAGAACGAGGACACUCUGAGUGCCCCAAAGAGACCAGGGCACUGGGAUGAUAGAGACUAA